UUGUCAUACCGGCGAAGCGGUUUGUUUACAGACAAGGAAUGAGGAAUGUGUUGUUAGGAUGUAUGAGUUACUCUUUUUUGACACAUUUUCACAUGAAGUGAGCGAUAAAGUGCAGUUGGAUUUAGUGCAGUUUCCAAGGCCUGUACAAGUUACUGAAGUUCGUGCCAUUCCUUUAGGAGCUCGAGUUCAAGCUGAUUUUCCAGGUGGAGUACGUCUGGGUGCAACAAAUCCAAGUCAGUUUGAAAUUGAGUUCUUCGUAAAUGACCUUAGCAAGAGGGGAGCUGGUACAUUUGAAAGUGUUGGCUGUCUGCAGUACAAUCAACAUGGAAAAAUACACAUGGACUUUGAAAAGAAG